AUGACCGGCUUAAAAGAUGUUUUACCUGCAAUAUCUACAGAAUUAGCAAUUGCUCUAACACUUCCUGUAUCCAGUGCAUCGCCAGAAAGAGCAUUUUCAAAGUUGAAGUUAAUUAAAACUCGUUUGCGUAGCACAAUGGUCGAAGAUCGAUUGGAAGCGUUGAUGAUAAUACCUUGWGAGAAAGAUGUACCGGUUGAUAAUACUGAAGUUAUCAAUAUUACAGUACAARAUAAUUUAGUUUAUUCUAAUAAUAAAUUAGUAAUUCCAAAAAGAUUAAGAAAAACCAUACUUAAAUUACUUUAUGAAACACACGUAAGUGCUCAAAAACAAAAAUCUCUAGCCAAGUCAAUAUUUUAUUGGCCUGGUAUUAAUUCAGAUAUAUUAGGUAUGGUAGAAAAUUGUAAUAUUUGCGAGAAAUUUAAAAGAAGUCAAAUCAAACAAACUUUAAUAAAUCAUGAAAUUCCAAAAUUACCAUUUAUGAAAAUAGGAUUGGAUAUAGCAGAAUUUAAAGGUUUAAACUAUUUAGUAGUAGUAGAUUAUUACUCUCGAUGGCUAGACAUAAUUCAAAUAAAGCAAAAUGACACCAUAACUAUAAUCUCUAAGUUAAAACCACUGUUCAGUAAAUUUGGUAUACCAAUAGAGGUAAUUGCUGACAAUAUGCUAUGUGGUAGUGUGGAAUUUCAAAGAUUUGCUAAGGAAUGGGAGUUUGAAAUAAAAACGUCGAGUCCUCAUUACCCGAAAAGCAAUGGUCUUGCUGAGAAAGGAGUUGAUAUUGCUAAAAAAAUGAUACAAAAAAGUGAUGAAGAUAAUCAGGAUCUUGAACUCUAUCUAUUAAAUUAUAGAAAUUCUAAAGUAGCAAAACUAGUACACCUGCACAGUUGUUACUUAAUCGUCAUUUACGCAGUAAAAUUCCAAACACAUUUAAUAAUAUGA